AUGGCACCGAAAGCUCCCGAGCGAGAGCGCUAUAUUGCCCACAGGGUGACUGAGACAGCUACAGCGGCUGCCCGCUUUCUGGAUCUACUCUUGGAUGAAAAACUGCGCAUGAGGACAUUUCUGCCUCCUUAUCUUUGGUGGAAAAAUCCACCAUCGACAAUCUUCAGACUCUUUAUAUUUGAUGUGAUCAAUCAUGAGGAAUUUCUGAGGGGCGACGAAGUGUUGCGGAUGCGACAAGUGGGCCCCAUUGUCUAUCGGGAACACGUUACUCACGAGAAUAUCACGUUCCACCCCGAAAACGACACCAUGACGUUCACGGCGGUGCGUUCGGUGGAGUUCCUGGAGGAGGAAAAUGAGCCCGGAAUCCUCAAUCGAACGAUCAUCGUCCCGAAUCUCGCUGUUCUGGCAAUGGCUUCUCGGCUGAGCGACUCGGCCUUCUUCAUGAAGAUCGGCUACAACAUGAUCCUGCGCAGAUCGGGCGACACCGUCUUCCAGAACACCACCGUCUACAAGUACCUGUGGGACAUGGACGGAAACCUCAUGCGACUCGGCGAGAAGCUGGUGCCCUUCAUGGUUCCCGUGGACAACUACGGAGUCCUGCACAAUCUCUACAAGUCCUUCGCGGAUCGACAGAACGUGAAGAUCGGCACCGCGCACGGCCACGAGCACUUCUUCGAGAUGACCCUGUACAACGACCGGCCCACGGUUCCCGGAUUUCGGCCCGAGCGCGGAGAGUGCUUCGCCUCGAUCGAGAACUCCACGGAGGGACUCUUCUACCCGCAGCGCCUCACGGACGAGUCCGUGCUCAAGUACUGGCGCAAGAGCAUCUGCCGGCCCAGCUUCCUCACCUACGCGGGAGAGGAGACGGUGAGCGGCGUGCCCGGGAAGAGAUACGUCCUACCGGACGACACCUACGAUCGCACGCGCCCCCUCGAGGAGGACUGCUAUCGCGGCGACAACGGCGACGAGUAUCCGGACGGCCUGAGCGACGCGUCCAAGUGCUACCACGGCUUCCCCAUCGUCAUCUCGAAGCCACACUUCCUCAAUCGCACCGGCGAGUGGGUGCGGAGACUCGAGGGCAUGCAGCCCAACGAGGAGGAACACGGCAGCUUCGUCGUGGCUGAGCCACUCACGGGCGUUCCUCUGAAGGAGUGCGCGAGAUCGCAAAGCAACAUAUUCGUUAAUCAAUUAUCUGGUUUUUCCAACCCGGACCUUCAAAAGUUCAGCGGAAUGGUCAUUCCGAUGUUCUGGGGAGAUAUCUGCAUUCACGAUUUGCCUCUAUUAAUACGAGGUCUGAUGAUUUUGGUGGUUGUUCUUGUACCAACAUUGCAACCUUUUGGCACCUUCGUGGCAUACAUUUUAGGACUGGCGAUGAUUUUAUAUGCUGUGCGGCAGUUGCAUAAGGCUAAAGUCUACAAACGCAUCUCAUUUGUCUUCCAGCAGAGAUAA